AUUUUCAAGUCACUGGGAAAUCUGGGAUAUCAGUGUUUACACCAGAGGACGUUGGCAGCUUCUUCAUUAGCCACAGCUAAGCUCUCGUGCUUUGCCGCUGCUUUCCUCAUACUUGUGUUUGGAACACCUCCAAUACUGCUUGGGGCAGCUGCUGCAUCUACAGAUUGGAACCUGACGUCUUAUGGUUCUCCAUCUCCAUAUGAACAUGGCGAAGCAGCUCAAGUCCUGUCCAUCACCUUACAGCACCUCACCCCGUCUUUCAUCUCCAUAAUCGGAACUGGAUGUGUUGCUGCUGCUGUGAUGUCAUCUGCUGAUUCUGGUUUGAUUUCUGCUGCUUCUGUCUUUACCGCCAACAUAUACAAGAACAUCCUGAGGCCACAGGCAUCAGACAGAGAGAUUCAGUGGCUGAUCCGAGUUGCUGUGAUGGUCGUGGGUUUGGUUGGUACAUCACUAACCAGCAAUGAAAACAGUGUCUUACUCUUCUGGGUUCUUUAUGCUGAAGUGUCCUACAUCAUAAUCUUCCCUCAACUGGUCUGCGUCCUCUUCGUCGAUAUCUCCAAUGGUUACGGAGCUGUUAUGGGCUGUGUGGUGGGACUGAUGCUCAGAGUUCUCAGUGGACUCCCAUCACUCGGGCUGCCAGUUGUCCUCCAUUUCCCAGGAUGUUUUCUUGAGGAUGGAGUUUAUGUCCAGUACGCUCCAGUUAAGACCAUCUCCAUGCUGUCUGCCAUUGCUGCCAUUGUGUUGUUCUCCUAUCUGACGUCUGUGCUCUUCAACAAAGACCUGUUACCUGAGAAGUGUGACGUGUUCAAGGUGAAAGUCCAGCAAUCAGCACGAGAGCUGACACUGGUACAUGGGACCAAAGAAGACAAUGAGAAAGAGACACGGGAUAACACAUGUCCUCAGACUGAGGCCUCAGAGCCAAUGAUAACCUCAGAGUGUUAGAGUCCCUGAAUAUAUGUUGUUUGAAUUCUAACACAGACCAGGAAGUGUGAAAAAAACACCAUGUUGUGUGUCUCUCAUGAUGUAAAAUGUGAUGGUGAGAUACAAAAUCAGAUAUCGUAAUGGUCGGAAAUUACUCCUUUAUAUUGCUGGCAUUUUAAUCUGUGAUGUUACAGGGCACUUAAAAUAUUUUGUAUUUACACACUUUCAUUUGAACCACUUCACCAUAAUCGUUUAAUAAAGUUGAUUAAAUGAU